GCGCGCAUCGACGGGUGGUGAUGCCGAGGACUCGGCUCAGUUUCGUUCGCGCGGCCUCAGCUCGCUCGCUUUGACCGGAAAGUCAUCUUCUUCUUCGAAACGGACACGCCGACGUAAAAAAUUAAAGCGCGCGAUACAUACUUCACAGAGAGGGGAAAGAAAAAGGUGUAACGUUUCUAAAAAAUGACGCGAUCGCGCUAGAUCGUUUCCCUCGUGUAUUACGAACAAGAAUGUAUUGUACGAAACGUUUAAAAGAUCAGCAGGAGAAAAUGAUUAUCACGAAUCGAAUUUUAUAGACCGUGUAAAUUCUAUUUACUCGUAUCGCGUAGCUGACGAUUGUUAAUAUUUUAGUUUCGCGAACCGCGCGAUCGCCGAUCCGUCCGACCAUCGAGGUCUUCGGUCACUGGUACACGAUGCACGGGGUAAAUCGCGCGUUGCGAGGCGACGGGUCGUGAAAUCGGAAACGGACAAAUUGAACUGAGAUUUGGUGGAAUCCCGUGGUCGGGAUGGCGGAGAGCGAGAAGUAGACAGGGAAUAGGGACGAACGUGAUAAACGCGAGAUGCGAAGAACACGGCGAUCGUCGGCGAGGCUGACGUUGCUCCUGAUGUGUGCGACCGUGCAGAUCGCGGUCGCGGAGCAAUGCUUCGAGCCGCGAAUACCGCUCGAGAGGGAGGUGAAGCUGGCUGUAAUAGCACCGGCCGAUUCCCGUCACGAGCAGAGUCUGCCGAGGGUGUUGCCGGCCGUUCUCCUCGCGGUCAGGUCUGUCAGCUCGGCGACGGGACUCUUACCAGGGUGGAACAUCACGGUCGACCAUCGGGACUCGCAAUGUUCCAGCACCUACGGCCCGUUGGCCGCUUUCGAAUUUUACAUCAACCGGACCGCAGAUGCUUUCUUGGGUCCCGUUUGCGAUUACGUGAUCGCGCCGGUGUCGCGGUACGCCGGAGUAUGGGGCAUCCCGGUGUUUACCGCGGGCGCGCAAGCCGAAGCGUUUCGUAACAAGGUCGCACAGUUCCCGACGCUGACCAGGAUGAUGGGUUCCCAUCGACUGGUGGGCGAAGCCCUCAGGCAUAUACUGAAGCGAUUCGGAUGGAAGAUCGCCGGUCUUCUGUAUCACAAUCACUCAUCGGUGAGCAACCGCGGCAAUUCGGAGUGCUACUUCACCCUCGACGCCGUGUUCAGGGCUCUGAAUCAAACGCCGGUCUACAAAAGCUUUGAUCAGGAAGAGACCACCGGCGAAGAUCAUAGAAACUUGCUCAGCUUCCUCGUGAAGUCCGCCAGGAUUAUAGUGAUGUGCGCCAAUUCCACGACCAUCAGGGAGAUUCUUCUCGCGGCCGAGGAACUCGGAAUGGUCGACUCCGGGGAGUACGUUUUCUUCUCCAUAGAGCUUUCGUCCAGCGAUAAUAAUUCGAAAGAGCCGUGGAGGGUCGAUACCGACACGGACGAAAGGAAUGAGAGAGCGAGGAAAGCUUACCAGGCGUUGCUGACGGUCACCGCUCGGACGCCGGACAAUUUGGAGUAUCUGAACUUCUCGCGGGAGGUGAAGGAUUUGGCGCAGAGCAAGUACAAUUUCACGUUUGGUAACAGCUCGGUCUCGACGUUCGUCACAGCGUUUUACGACGCGGUCCUUCUUUACGCCAUCGCGCUCAAAGACAGUUUGCCGGAUCGUCCUGGCAGGGUGAACUUGGAUGGUGGCAAUCUCACCCGGAAGAUGUGGGGCAGGAGCUUCAAAGGUAUAACGGGCGACGUGAACAUCGACGAGAACGGGGAUCGGAUAGCGGAUUAUUCUCUCUUGGAUAUGAAUCCGGAAACGUCCAAGUUCGAGAUCGUCGCUAAUUACUACGGUGCCAACAAGACGUUGGAAUACGUCGCUGGGAAAAAGAUCCACUGGUCGGGUGGCCGAUCGGAGCCACCGCCGGACACACCCACUUGCGGCUUCGACGGUUCUCUGUGCCCCGACAAUUCUCUCCCGGGAUACGCGAUUCUCUCGAUGGUGCUGAGCUCGAUCGUGGUGGUUCUCGUCGUCGCCUCGGUCUUCAUUUACAGGCACUUUAAGCUCGAAGCGGAAAUAGCCUCGAUGACGUGGAAGGUGCACUGGAACGAUAUUAUCGUGGUGUCGAAUGCAAAAACGAGGGGCUCGAUGUAUUCGUUGAUCGCGAACAAGAUCCGCGGUAGCCAACUGACGAUGUACUCGGACGAGAACGCCAGCUUACUUGGAGGGGUAGAUAGAAAUGUUUCAACGGGAAUUUACAAGAAUUCGAAAGUCGCCAUAAAGCUGAUACAGAGGAAAGUGGAGAUCUCCCGGCCGUUGUUGCUCGAAUUAAAGAGAAUGAAGGAUCUCCAGCACGAUCAUCUGGUCCGGUUUUACGGUGCCUGCGUCGAACCGCACUGGUGUCUCCUCACGGAAUACUGUCCGAAAGGAUCCUUGCAGGAUAUAUUGGAAAACGAGCAAAUAAAAUUGGACCGAGUGUUUCGAGUGUCUCUCAUUCAUGACAUCGUUCGAGGGAUGGCAUUUCUUCACGCGUCCGAGGUGAAGAGCCACGGCAAUUUGAAGUCGUCCAAUUGCGUAGUCGAUUCGCGUUUCGUUCUGAAGAUCGCCGACUUCGGCCUGCACGAGCUGAGGAAGGGCAAUUGUAGUGAGGCUUACGUCGACGAGAAUAGCUACGCUUAUUGGAGAAGGCAGUUGUGGACGGCACCGGAAUUGCUGCGAAUGAAAGAGCGACCACCGGAGGGUACUCAGAAAGGGGACGUCUACAGCUUCGGCAUAAUCGUUCACGAGAUCGUGGUACGCCAGGGACCGUUUUACUUGGGCGAAAACAGUAUUCUCUCUCCAAGGGAAAUCCUCGAGGGUGUCAAGAGAGGCGGAGGCUCUCCGCUGAGGCCCGUGAUCGAUGAAUCCGUCGACGAGGAAGUAGCCACCUUGAUGAAACGAUGUUGGGCACAAGACUCCGCGGACAGACCGGACUUUGCUACGCUCAAGCAGCUCAUACGAAGGAUUAACAAAGAUUAUGAGACCAGCAACAUCCUGGACAAUUUGCUCAUCCGGAUGGAGCAAUACGCGAACAACUUGGAGACUCUCGUGGAGGAGCGUACGGCCGACUACCUCGAAGAGAAGCGCAAGUGCGAGGAACUUCUGUAUCAGCUCUUACCACAAUCCGUCGCGUCUCAGUUGAUAGUCGGACGAAGCGUGAUAGCCGAGACUUACGACCAAGUGACGAUUUACUUCAGCGACAUAGUCGGAUUCACGAAACUCUCGGCCGAGAGCACGCCUCUUCAGGUGGUGGAUCUCCUCAACGAUCUGUACACGUGCUUCGACUCCAUCAUCGAGAAUUUCGACGUUUACAAGGUGGAGACGAUAGGGGACGCUUAUAUGGUAGUGUCGGGAUUACCGGUGAGAAAUGGGAUGAAUCACGCUAGGGAAAUUGCGAGGAUGAGCUUAGCCCUUCGAGACACGGUGAUGACGUUCAGUAUUCGUCACAGACCUUACGAACAAUUGAUGCUUCGGAUAGGAAUGCAUUCCGGGCCUUGCGUUGCUGGCGUGGUCGGUCUAAAAAUGCCGAGGUACUGCCUCUUCGGCGAUACGGUGAACACAGCGUCCAGGAUGGAGAGCAACGGGGAAGCUCUGAAGAUCCACGUCAGUCCGACGACGAAAGAGAUCCUCGACACUUUCGGGACGUUCCAACUCGUUUGCAGGGGCGAAGUCAACCUGAAGGGCAAAGGUACGAUGACCACGUACUGGCUGAUCGGCGAGAAACCGGCAGUGGCCACGCUGCAACGGAGCAACUCAGUGUCGUCGCCGGCGACGGCAACGACCGUGGCGACCAUGACAACGACGACGACGGUCUCUACGUCGAGCGGUCAGACUUCGACGCUUGAAGCGAGUCCGGUCACGGUUCAAGCGUCGCAGGUGAGGUCGCAGCAAGAGAAGAGGUCUUCGCAGCCGACGCGACAGGACCAGAGCUCUGAUCGAACGACUCAAACGGCGUCGAGUCAACAGCUCCGACGGCAGGACCAGCGGCCUGCUCAGAACAGGAAAGGAGCCAGCAAGGACGGCGGGGACGUCGAGGACGGUGGUGGCGACAAAGGGGGAGGCGGGGGUCGGAACAGUGGCCGGGGUGAAGGUGAAAGUAACAGUGAGAGCAGCGGGAACAAUGUCGGGGGUGCUGCGUGUGCAACGGGAAACGGCGUAGCGGGAAUCCGCGGCCGCGCGAUAGCCACGGAAACGCCGUCACCGUCGCGAAGUCGCUCGUCGGUCUCGUCGUCGAUCUCCCAGCGACGUUCCUACCAAUCCGGGGAGAACGUGCCGAACCACGCGGAGAGCGGGCCGAACGCGCCGCUCCUCGUGUCCGCGACACCCCCGCCACGAGUCUAACUUCCUUUCCCUCCACGAUUCUUCUGUCCCUGGGGGACGGAGAGAAGCAGGAAAGAGCGAGAAUCGUCUGAUUUCUAUCCGUUCCUGUACCCUCCUCCAUACCCUCCGCGUGUACUCGUAUCUUGUGUCGCUCGGCGCUUACGCGAUCCCACGUCGAUAAAUCGAUUUCAUUCGUAAUAGGUGUAACACCGUGUUUCGUCUAGUGUAGCAACGAAGAUAACUCCGAUCGGUGAACCAGAUCGAAAUUUGGGUCCACACGUUCGAAAGGAAACUUACCACCUUUCGAAGUAAAAAAAAUGCAAAUAUGGGAACACGAUCGUCGUUCGACGAGGACCGAUGGGACCCGCGCGCGUUUCCUUGGACGCACGGUCCGUCUUCGCGACUGAAAAAGGCCUAUGCUUCUUCUAAUUCCUCGUUUACGAAGAGUUCGUCUCUUUCUUUCUCUCUCCUUCUCUCUCCGCCGACGUCCGCCUCGUAAUCUCGAGAUGGACGACUUUCGACGCAUCUUAAGGACCAUCUUUCGGCGGAGAGAAAGAAAAUCGAAGACGAAACCGAGAUCGCGCAACGCGCGGCCGAAACGAAUUAUUUUUUGCGCGUGCGCGAAGCUCGAUCGAAGAUUCAAGAGAGAACGGAGACGACGAAGGAGGACGAUCACGGUUUACGGUUGAAGACACGUGAAAGCGGUCCAUCCGCGGACGAUGGACGUUUCGGAGGAAAUGAGCACGAACCAAAGCGAAGCAAAUGCGGAGCGGAGAGCAAAGAGAAAAGAGCAAGUGAAACGGAAUGUGUGAGUCUAGCGCGCGCACACGCGUCUUUCUAUGUUUCGAAGAGACUAUGAGCACGAGUAUAGAUGAUGUAUUCGUGAAAAACUUAGGCGUCGAUAAGUGUGAGAGAGCAGAGAGAGGCUGGACCUCGUUUCAAUGAAAGUCAGUCAUGUAGAAAGAUAUCGAGAUGCAAGCGGCGUAAGUGAAUCGUCGAACACGCUUUGUUGGCUACGCGAGUUCGUUGUCUGUUUGUAUGCACGCGACCAAAUUAUCGCAACAGCCCCACUUUUUCUGAACGAUGCGAUGUAACGGUGGAUGUUCGGAGAAAUAAAGUUUCAUCGACUCCA